GCAAGAUCUCGGCGGUGACUGUCACUGUGACUCAUUCGGUGUCGUUAUGGGGACGUCGUGGAGAUAUGCUCCUUUCUGGCGUCGUUAUGGGAGGGCCGGCUUGGUAUACUGCUCACGGUAUUCCUACAGCUCGUCAGGCUCUGCUGUUCCGCCGUUGUCAGCGCACCGCCAUGAACGGUGAGGUAUCCACGUUCACUUUCGCACGCCCCUCCCACACACACUGGCUGAGAUCUGCCACUUGUGUUGAUUUGCAGCCGGUCUGACUCCUGGGUGGCGAGCGUUCCUUCUACGUGGCCUUCAUGACCACUGGGACGAUGUCGAGCUCGAUCGCCAGCGCUCUCAGUCGCUGGCGGACCCGACGGACGUGACAGCGCCACCGAAGCAUCGCCAGGUGUGGCUCACCGCGGCGAGUGCCGAGCGCAUCACGGGUCAGCAGGGGUGGCAGCUGGCGCUCCUUCCGGCGGCCAUCGACCAGGACGCCCGGGACCGGCCCCUCCGCCACCUGUUCCGGCUGCAGGCCUUCCGCAAACCGGAUAUGAACCUGACCGAGCAGUCGGCUCAUCAGGACGGCCAGUGCUGCGUCCUCGUGUACUGGGGAGGGGAGCUGGUGGAUGAGGUGCGUUACGUGCCGGUCGACAAGGGUUCGGAUGAGAAGCUGUGUGCGACGUGUGUGGUGCCGUGUGCUGAUGGCACCGGCGGCAUCUGCGGCAAGCAGAACACCUUCCGCAACGUCGUCAACUCGCACCUGCGCAAGACACACAAACUGACCAACGAGGAUGCGCAGGUAUGUGUGUGAGGACAUGUCUUCUGCGCAUGGACGGCCUCGUGUAUGCUGUGUUGUCCUGCGUGGUGUCUGCAGCGGCUUCUUGCCUCUCUUGGGCUAUCGGCGCCGAUGACUGUCACCAACACACGUACGAUGCGACGCGGUGCGGGGGAUGGACUGAAUGUGCUGUCUGUCCAUCCACCGUGUCUGUCUUUCUGCAGAUGUGUACCACCACCAUGGGUCGCUGCAAGGUCAGGGAGCAGCCGACGAAUAUGCAGCAGGUGAGUGGGCAGAGAUGCCUGCAUGGGCAAGGGUGUAAUGGUCGACUGUGUGCCUGCUAUAGGUGACGCUGGGUGGUCCGGUGUGAGUCAUCCACCAAUGGCUGCGGGCCAGCCGAUUAUAUUUGCCGGCUCGGUGAUCUAUCAGUCCAGCCACGUCCCCGCUGCUGAGACACCGACCACCGACGACGAGAGCGCACCGUGAGUCAGCACAUACAACAGCGUGCACAUGGCAUAUGGCAGUUUGUGUAUGUGUGUAUGCAGGCCACCACUGGGUCUUCUGCGGGUCGACGACAUGGAUAUGGCGCCUUCCAACAGUGACCUCAACGGAGGCAUCGCUCCCUCCUAUUUGCAAGGCCAUGAGACGCUCCUCGGCCAUGAAGUUGGGGGUUUGAUGCAACAGGUGGGACAUGACGGACGACACAUUCGUGACAGACACGGCGCUGACAACGUCCGUGUGUCUGUUUUCUGUCUGUCGGGAUGGAGACUUUGAGGAUCACAGCAAGUGGCCUGCCGAUGAAUGGGCCGACAGCCUGAUUGGCACCCUGCUGGAUCCUGAUGGUGCUCUCAUGCACCAGUACUGAGUGCAACUUGCGUGCGUGUGUGGUGAGUGGAUGUACGUGUGUACGUGUGUGUGUGUGUGUGCAUGGAUGGAUGGAUGGAUUGACUGGAUGCAUGGCGACUCAUUGAAUGUAUGGGCUGGACUGAUUGGCACGCGCACGAAGACAGUCAAAU